GCUUUUACUCGAGAAAGUUGUGCGUCGGACGCCGUCGGUUCCGUGCCAUCACACGUAUUUUGUGAGUUUCUAGUGUUUUACAAGUGUUUAUUGUGAUUAAGCUACAACUGAGACCUCUUUUCGCCUAUUUCCUGAAUGAUGACGUAAGCGCAGCACACGCAGCCAUGCGGCGCGCGACGCUGCUGCUGCUGGCGGCACUGCUGCUGCUCACUGCCGCUGCCGCCUGCCCCUGGGCGUGCUCCUGCCGCCCUGGUGCCGCCGACUGCGCGCACCGCGCACUGCUGCACGCGCCGCGCCGUCUGCCGCCCGACGCGCACCGCCUAGACCUGCAAGGCAACAACAUCAGCAUAGUGUUCCAGAGCGACUUCCAGAACUUGAAGGACCUUAAAAUAUUACAACUAUCGGAAAACCAAAUCCACACCAUAGAACGGGAUGCCUUCCUGGAGCUGAACUCCCUCGAGCGCCUGAAACUGAGCAAUAAUCGCCUGGGCCACUUGGCUGACGGCGUAUUUGUGAGAUUGAGGCAUCUACAGCGUUUGGACCUCAGCCGCAAUGAGCUGACAGCGAUCAGCAGACGAACCUUCCGAGGACUCACAGCCUUGAAGAGUCUCCACCUGGACGGAAACCAGCUCAAGUGUAUCGAUGAGAAGGCGCUGGAACACCUCAAGAGUUUGGAAGUUCUGACGCUCAACAACAACAACCUGACGUACCUGUCGCUGGAAGCCGCGUCAGUCGCGCGGCUGCACACGCUGCGACUGACGGACAACCCGCUGGUGUGCGACUGUCGUGUCGCGCGUCUGGCGGCGUCGGUGCGCGCGGCCGGCAUCUUGGGAGUUGGAGCCAGGUGCCAGGCGCCGGUGACGCUGCGAGGAGCGCUGCUCACAGAGUUGGACGCCCACGAGCUGAUAUGCAAUGGUCCUACGACGGCGGUGACCCUGGAGUGUUCGGCCGAGCCUCGCUGCCCGCCACCGUGCCGCUGCUCGCCCGACGGCACGGUGGACUGUCGCGAGAAGCUGCUCUCGGAGCUUCCCAGCAUCCCGCACCGAGCCACCGAGAUACGCCUAGAACAGAACGAGAUAACGGAGGUGGGUGCAGGCGCGUUCUCCGCAGUGAAGCGCGUGGCGCGCAUCGACCUGUCAAACAACAAGAUCUCCAAGAUGGCCGCCGACGCCUUCAACGGACUCACGCAUUUGACUUCUUUAGUGCUGUAUGGAAACAAAAUUAAAGACUUACCUUCUGGUAUAUUCCACGGGCUGACAUCUCUUCAACUGCUGUUGCUGAACUCUAACGAAAUCAGCUGCGUGAGGAAGGACACCUUUCGGGAUUUACAGAGUCUCAAAUUGCUAUCGCUGUACGACAACAACAUACGAUCGCUGCCGAAUGGGACGUUCGACUCGCUCACUGGAAUACAGACUUUACAUUUGGGUCGCAAUCCGUUCGCCUGUGACUGCUCGCUGCGCUGGCUAGCGGCGUACCUCCGUAGGAACCCCAUAGAGACGUCGGGUGCCAAGUGCGAGUCGCCCAAACGUAUGAACAGGAAGAGGAUCGACGCUCUCAGGGAGGACAACUUCAAGUGCAAACCGGGCGAGGAGACGACGGAGGCGUGCGGCGACGAGCCGCCGUGCCCCGACGCGUGCGCGUGCUCGCGCGCGUUAGUGCGCGGCGUGCGCGUCGCGUGCGCGCGUGCUCGGCUCGCCGACGUGCCGCGCGACCUGCCGCUCACCACCGUCGCGCUGAUAAUGCCAGACAACAACUUGGGCCAGAUCAAGUCGGACGGCCUGUUCGGCCGGCUGCCGGACCUCACCAAACUGGAUUUCCGGAACAAUGGAAUAACCGUGAUAGAGGACAACGCAUUCGAUGGCGCUGCGUCCAUCCAGGAGCUUCUGCUGGACGGCAACCUGCUGCAGACCGUCACCGACAAGAUGUUCUUCGGCCUCCACAGCCUCGCCACCCUCUCGCUGACGGACAACAAGAUUCGCUGCAUCACUCCGGGCUCUUUCGACCACCUCACCAUGCUCACCACACUGUCGCUGGGCAACAACCCGUUGCACUGCACGUGCCACAUCUCGUGGGUGGGCCCCUGGCUGCGCGGGCGCCGCCUGGCCACGGGCGCGGCGUGCGCGCACCCGCCGCCGCUGCGGGGCACGGAGCUGCAGCAUCUGGAGCUCGCCGACUUCAAGUGCACACCGGAAGACAAGGGCUGCCUGCCCGCGGACUACUGCCCGGCCGGGUGCUCCUGCGCCGGUACAGUAGUGCGCUGUGCCCGCGCUAAGUUCGCAGCCCUGCCCGCCCGCAUCCCGCCCUACACCACCGAGCUCUACCUGGAGUCGAACGACAUAACCAGCAUAUCGGCGGAGCAGCUGCGACACCUCACGCAGCUCACGCGCCUCGACCUCUCCAACAACAAGAUCAGCGUGCUCUCCAACAACACGUUCGAGGCGCUCACCAAGCUGUCCACCCUCAUCGUCAGCUACAACAGGCUCCGAUGCGUUCAGCGUGACGCGCUCAAGGGUCUGACGCAGCUGCGCGUACUGUCUCUACAUGGCAACAACAUCUCCAUGCUGCAGGAUGGAGUGUUUCGUGAUUUGCAGUCCAUAUCACAUGUCGCACUAGGCUCGAACCCACUCUACUGCGACUGCAACACGCGCUGGCUCUCCGAGUGGGUCAAAGUAGCGGGCGAAUACGUCGAGGCCGGCAUAGCUCGCUGCGCCGAGCCGCCGCGCAUGCGCGACAAGCUUGUCCUCAGCACAAGCUCAAGCACGUUCGAGUGCCGUGCUCCGCCGCCGGACGCCGUGCUCGCUAAAUGCGACCGCUGCAGAGCACGGCCGUGCGGGGAACGUGGGGUGUGCGAGACCACGCCGGGCGGCGGCUUCGCUUGCGUCUGUGCGCGGGGGUACCACGGCGACACGUGCCAGCAUCAGAUCGACGCGUGCUAUGGGGCACCGUGUGCGCAUGGCGUGUGUCAGCUACUUGAGGAGGGUCGAUUCAGCUGCGCGUGCCAGGCGGGCUACACCGGCGUGCGCUGCGAGGUCAACAUCGACGACUGCGCGGCGCACCGCUGCCAGAACAACGCCACCUGCGUGGACCACCUCGAGGGGUACACGUGCAAGUGUGCUCCCGGCUUUAUGGGAGAGUUCUGCGAGAAGAAGAUCCCUUUCUGCAGCUCGGAGUUCAACCCGUGCGCCAACGGAGCCACGUGCGUGGACCACGAGAGCCACUACAGCUGCGCGUGCCCCCGCGGCUACUCCGGGCAGAACUGCACCGUCAACGCGGACGACUGCAUCAACCACAUGUGCCAGAACGGCGCGACGUGCGUGGACGGGCUGGACGAGUACCGCUGCGCGUGCGCCGCGGGGCACGCGGGCCGCUACUGCGAGGCGGCGCCGCACGCCGCGCUGGGCACGUCCCCGUGCGCGCACCACGAUUGCGUGCACGGCGUGUGCUACCUGGCUGUGCACGAUGAGCUGACGGACCGCCUCGCGCCCGCCGACUACCUGUGCAAGUGCGCGCCGGGCUACUCGGGUCGUCUGUGCGAAUACCUCACGUCUCUCACCUUCAACCAUAACGACUCGCUCGUCGAGCUGGAGCCGCUGCGCACCGAGCCGCAGGCCAACGUCACGCUCGUGUUCAGCACGAAGCAGCAGCACGGAGUGCUCAUGUACUACGGCGACAACGAGCACCUGGCGGUGGAGCUGUUCAACGGGCGCGUGCGCGUCAGCUACGACGUCGGGAACCACCCCACCUCCACCAUGUACAGUUUCGAGAUGGUGUCAGACGGUAACUACCACAAGGCUGAGCUGUUGGCUGUUAAGAAGAACUUCACACUGCGGGUGGACGACGGGCCCGCUCGCUCCAUCAUCAACGAAGGCAACAAGGAGUACCUGCGGCUGGAGCGGCCCAUGUUCGUGGGCGGAGUGCCGGAGGACGUGGCGCGCGACGCCUUCAGCAAGUGGCACCUGCGGAACAUCACCAGCUUCAAAGGCUGCCUGCAAGAGGCGUGGAUCAACCACAAGCGCGUGGACUUCGUGAACGCGGCGCGCACCGUGCGCACGCGCGCCGGCUGCGGGCCCUCCCCCGCGCCCCGCGCGCCGCCCCCGCCCUCCGCGCUGCAGGAGGACGGCGCGCACGAGCCGGAUCCGUGCGUGCCCAACCCGUGCGCGCGCGGCGGGCGCUGCGUGCGCGAGGCGGGCUCGCGCUCGGACUACACCUGCCGCUGUCGCGCCGGCACGGCGGGCGCGCAGUGCGAGCUGCGCACUUCUGUCGGCGGCGCGCCGGUCAUCACGCAGGGGAAGCUGCCGCCGCGGAAGCAGGUCAUCAGCAACGUGCAGGCGUCUCCUGCAUCUCCACCGCAAAAGCAGUAUCCUGAGGAGACCCCAGCGCAGCCGGCGCCGGGCGGCGCCGCUUGUCGCAAAGAAGCGACCCGCGAGUUCAUAACGGAAGGCGCGUGCAGAAGCCGGCGCGCGGUGCGUGGCGCGCGCUGUGUGGGCGGCGCGUGCGGGAAGCAAUGCUGCGCGCCCAGGAAGACUAAGAAGAGGAAGAUCCGCCUGGUAUGCUCCGACGGCACGCGAUACACCAAAGAUAUAGAGAUAGUGAGGAAGUGCGCUUGCGGCAAGAAGUGCCCCAGAAGUGCGCCGUUCCUGCAUUGAUUGUCAUGACUUGUCAUGUCUAUACACUGCCUGUAAUGUUUUGUAGAGCCUGCAGUAGCUAGAUAUACCUUUUAUAAAGGCUUUAUCAAGCCGUGCUUCUACGUCAUCAUUCAUCAUUGACAAUCCAUAUUCAGUUUACUGUUAAGCACAAGUAACCUCAAGUAUGUCACAUAAAGAAUUGAGACAGUUUGGUAAAAAAAAAGUGUACUUGGAUAAGGCUUUUAGGAUGCGUGCUGCCAUCUAUAAUCACAGUGAAACAGUGUUUGAUAUUUUAAGCUAUCGUAGAUGGCGGUCUUAGUGAACUUUGAAACAAUCCCUUUUUGUAUACUUCAAGAACCUGUUGCUAUGCAGUUAUGCCUGAAGCUCAUAGAUGGCGCUUUGUUUUUUUUAUUUUUUUUAUUUUUUUUAAAGUUUUACCUGUCGUGUGGUCUAAAGCACAUGAAGUUAACUCGUUUUUUUUUAAUUAAUUUAUUUUUCUUAUUAAGGCAGGUAGUUAGUUAUUGUCGUAUAAAGGGUAUGUGUUCUGAUAUCUUAAACAACCUUAAUACUUGAUAAUAAUAAUUGAUAUUUUGUUACAGUAGGUAUCUAUGGUAGGAGCAUGAGCUGACAAACUUUUCAGCCUUUAUAAGGUAUGUCUGACUAUUGCAGGCUUUUAGUCCAUUGUAGCAACUCGAUAGCCUGAGCUGCACUGGGGAUUCAAACCCCGGUCUGUUGACAACUAUGUUUAUCACGUUAUAUUGGCAAUAACAAGUACAUCUGUCAGUGGUUGUCGCUACAUUAUUGACUUGACUAUAUUUCACUUAAACAUAAUGUAUGUAUGCGCUACGAAAUAUUUAGCACAUCCCAUUAACCUACGUUUGUGUGACAGAGAUAAUAUAAUUUAUUUUUGUUUGGCACUUCAACAUUUAUUCACAUUUCUUGAGUAUUCACUACACAAAAACAGAAAUAACAGUAGAAAAACAUAAAUUGAUGUGUUGAGGUGCUGGUAAAAAAAAAUACAUUUAAGACGAUUUUAUGCUAGAUCAUUAAAUGGCGUAAAUAAACCUUUUAUAGAACGUACACCUGACCCCUUUAAUAAUCGGCCUAAUUCACAAUACACAAUAAUUGAAACAUUAAAAAAAAGAAAUAUAUUAAUUUCGUCUAUGGUCUAAAGGAAAUGAAACCCCAAACAAAAUAAAAAUGAAAUUAUGUAUUUGAAAAUGGAAAUCACAUAACGCAGUACAAUGCCUACAAAAAGUUUAGUAUAAACCAUAAAGUCAUAGAACAUUUGAAACCAUAAAGUCAUAGAUGAUAACGAAACACGGUCCUCACUUUUAUAGAUAUUUUAUAACUUGUAUACCUAAUAUUGUACCCCGUUAGACUUUGUAACACUUAAAAUAUAAAUAUAAUCGAAUUUAAGUAACUCGCAUUUAUUUAUCAACUAAAUAUAAUCCACUGUGAACGAAAAACAAUUCAAUAUUCUUUAAUAUAUUGGUCAAUUCGACUUGAAACACUAAACCAACCGAUAUUAAAAAACUAAAAAUUUCAUUUGACGUCAUUUUAUUUUAGUGAGAGAAACGUACAGCGAGCGGUUCGAUUCGAAUACAAUAAUUUACUUGCAUUUCAUUCGUUGCUAUUGACUUGCCGGAUUAGGAAUCUAGAUAUUAGUAAUAACAAAAAGUAAAACUCUCGUAGAAUGUUUAUCAACAAACAAAUGAAUGUGCAAUUAAAAUUAAGUAUGUGUUUCUUUUUAACAUAAUUUACAAGACAUGUUGAGAGUCUAACUGGCUAUGGGUAUUUUAUCACUACGGGAUUUACGCGGGUUUGCUAGUAGUUAAUAGUUUGGUCUAUGUAAUCAGUUAUCCUUUAUGUAAAUGCUUCGUCCACAGUGGAUAUAUUUCUAAGGGUAACUUAUAUUGUAGGGUAAAAUUAAAUUUUAUAAUGUGCCCUAAAUUUAAUUUUACUGUAAAACUAUUGCGUAGAUGCCCCGGAGGCUAUUUUUAAUGUUUUUAUUUUUAUUUUUGUAUAUGCGAUAAAAUGCUUAAAAUGAUUUGAACUGCCAUAUAUUAUGCCACUUUAUAUUUGAUAUUGAUUUAAUUGUUAACAAAAUCUUAAACAACAUUAUGUGUUCAUUUGAUGUACUAAUAAUAAUAUAUUUAUCAAUAUAUAGAUGUUUAAUAAGUAACAUUAAGCUAGAUUUAGAUCAUCCUAAGGUUAUUUUACAACUUUUAUUAGUAUUUUUUUAUAAAACCACAUUUCUUGCCAUUUUCCUAUAAAUUUUGCCGACAUAUACAUUUAUUUUAUAUAAAGUAAGUUUUAUUUUCGAUUAAAAAAAGGUACACUGCGUACUCAAUAAAUGUGCGAAUAGCAUAACAUUGUUACAUUUUAGAAUGUAUUUAAUUUAAUAUAGCAGUUUAAGGAUGAAAUAUUAUGUAUGUAAAGUUUUUGUAUAAUAUACAUAGCACAUAGACAAGAUAUAUUAUGAUUUAAAACUGCAGGAACCUGAAGCUGCUUUUAAAAUAUUUUGACCGUGUAGAAUAGUAUUUUUUUUUAUGAAAUGAGUUCUUAUCUGUGUGCUAUACAUAUUACUUGCCACUACACACGUAAAUAGUCUUGACUGACGGUCUUUUUGUAAAAAAUAUAGAUUUAUUAUAUUUAUUGCAAAUUUUGUUGCUAAAAGUCGUAGCUUAUCCAUUGUAAAUUCUAGUUAAGAUUUCUUGUAUAGGAAUUAUAAUGUAGGUAUUUUAUAUUUUACACGUUUUUACAAGCAUUCCGUAUUUAUUUUCUACCGUUUUGGUAGUUUUUGCAACAUUGCAUUUAACUACCUAUAAUUUCAGUAUUAUUCUUUUUGGGAGAUUUCUGUGUAACCUACGAUUUUAUUGUUGCUUAACUUAGAAUUAAUAAAUGUAUUUAAUUACUUAUAAAUGCACAAAUAUAUAUUUUGCUUAAUUUUAACAUAUUGCAGAAUUUGUAGGAAUGGAUAAACAAUUCAAAAAAAUUAACCUAAAUUAGAUGCUUUUACUCUGACAUGACACCUGACUUCAUCAUCAGGACAGCUCUAUGGUACCAGAUUGUAUUUGUCACCGAAAAUACCCAACUAGAUUUCCAGGUGUCAGUUUCCAAAUUUUUUACCAAUGCCACAAACAGGACAAUAUAAAAGCUUGUAAAGUCACAAAUAAACCAUGGAAAAAUAAAUAUAAAAAUCCGCCAUAGGAAUGUAUUAGCUUUUUGCCUGGUACUCUUAUAUUAUAAUUUAUGGUUUCCCAUAGACAACAACAUAUAUUUUAUGGAGAAUUCGCUUGUGGGUAUACCUUAAUGAAUACUGACAAAAUCAGAAUUGUAGAUUAACUAACAUUUAAAGCAGUCCUGGGUUAGCCAAUAAGCUAUUUAUGUAAUUGCUUAGGACGUCUAGGGGGGCACUAGAAACUACCGAGAAAAAAACAAGUCAAGCACACGAAGGUUAAACAAACUUCGGUGGGUUUCUUUAAUCAAUUCUUUGUAGCUCACCUAUUAAAGAUAGUGAGGCCCACAAGGAAAGAUAGCCUAGAGCAUCAAGAGUCCUGAAUCCGGCACUGAUUUAAAGAUAUCUCCCGUUUAGGUACAAGUUAUAUAUAACAUAAGCUUUAAGUUAUGUACCUACCAUAGACCAGUUUCAGCGAAGACGCUGCAGUGUAUGCGCUUCUUAUUAUACAAUAAAAGUAAUAAUAUUGUCUAUGAACUUUAUAAUUUAUUUGAUGUAAUAAAAGAGGAUGUUAGAUA